GGGGCGGGGCCGGGGGCGGGGCCAGGGGCGGGGCCUGUGGAGGGCGGAGCUGGAGCGGUGGAGGAGGUGCUGGAGGAGGCGCAGGAGGUGCGGCGGGAGGUGCAGAUGCUGCGUGUGGACGUGCGGCGCCUGCGUGAGCAACACGCGCGCCUCCUCAGCCAGCCGUACUCCUCGCGGGAGCAGCGGCGCGACUCCGACGCCAUCGGCGGCGACAUCAAGACGCGCGGGCAGGACGUGCUGGCCAGCCUGCGCAAGAUGGACGCCCACGCGCGCACGCUGGAGGACGAGCACGGGGUCAACUCGGCCGUGGCGCGCAUCGCCCGCACGCAGUACGCCUGCCUCAGCAACGGCUUCCGCGACGCCAUGACGGACUACAACGAGGCCGAGAUGAGCCACCGCGACACGGUCAAGGCGCACAUCCGGCGGCAGAUGGAGAUCGUGGGGCAGGACGUGUCCGGCGAGCAGAUGGAGGACAUGCUGGAGGACGGCCAGUGGAGCGUCUUCACGCAGAACCUGCAGUCCGAGGGCAAGACGGCGCGCUCGGCGCUGGGGCAGAUCGAGGGGCGGCACCAGGAGCUGCUGGAGCUGGAGCGCCGUGUGCGCGGCGUGCACGAGGUGUUCCUGGAUAUGGCCGUGCUGCUGGAGGAGCAGGGGCCCAUGAUGAACGCCAUCCAGGUCGCCGUGGAGAAGACUGAGGUUGCCACCGGCGACGCUCUGGGCAAGAUCCUGGCGGCCAAGAAACACGACAAAAGCAACCCUUUGAAAAAACUCUUAUUUUGGAGGCGCUAGCUUGGCGAACUCAACAGGCUUGUGGUGCGCUAACAUGGCCCAGCACAGGCCUCUGGUGCACUGAGAUAGCUAACACAACAGACCUAUGGUAUGCUAGCAGGGCUAACACAACAGGCCUAUAGUGUGCUAGCAGGUCUAACACAACAGGCCUAUAGUGUGCUAGCAUGGCUAACAUAAGAGGCCUAGUGUGCUAGCAUGGCUAACACAACAGAUCUAUGGUAUGGUAGCAGGGCUAACACAACAGACCUAUGAUGCACUGAGAUAGCUAACACAACAGACCUAUGGUAUGCUAGCAGGGCUAACACAACAGGCCUAUAGUGUGCUAGCAUGGCUAACACAACAGGCCUUUAGUGUGCUAGCAUGGCUAACAUAAGAGGCCUAGUGUGCUAGCAUGGCUAACACAACAGGCCUCUGGUGCACUGAAAUAGCUAACACUAGACUGGUGUGUUAGCAUGGAUAACACAACAGACCUAUGGUAUGCUAGCAGGGCUAACACAACAGACCUAUGGUAUGCUAGCAUGGCUAACCCAACAGGCCUCUGGUGCACUGAAAUAGCUAACACUAGACUGGUGUGUUAGCAUGGAUAACACAAAAGACCUAUGGUAUGCUAGCAUGGCUAGCUAACACAACAGAUGUUAUGAUGUGCUAGUGUGGCUAACACAGCCAGGAGGUCUGGGAGCCUCACUAUGCUAACCUUCUAUCUAUACAGCAGUAGAGGACUGUCCUGAGCCACACACAUACACACACACACGUUUUAAUAAGAAAAAAACAAACUUAACAUCCCCAACAGUGACCAGCGGCUCAUGUGGAGUGUGUAGCCUGUGAGUCUACUGGCUGCCAUUUGCUCUGUCAUCGGGGAGCUCUGGGACUGGCUCAGGGUGUCCAUUGGAGCUCUGGGACUGGCUCAGGGGGGUCCAUGGAGUGUGGGACUGGCUCAGGGGGGUCCAUGGAGUGUGGGACUUGCUCAGGGUGGUCCAUUGGAAUCUGACUAGCUGCUAGGCUACUUUACUUUACUGUAUCUCUCCCAAGGGACACCUGUUGCUGUAUAGAGGACUGCUAUUUUGACGUCAUGGUGCUAAGGACUCAAGGGUGAAAUUACUCCAAACCAUCCCUUUAAGACUUUUAAUUUUGUGUUUUAAUAAAACUAUGAAAAAGCCAUA